UUAUGACGGGGUAUAACAGCGGCCCCUUCCCCGCUUCUGCUUGCUGGGGCCGCGGAGGUCAAGUGGAGUCAGCUCCGGCCCCGCCGCUCGGGGCUCUGCCAGGGCGGCUGCCCCGCUGGGCGGGUGCGGGGCCAGGAUGAGCUCCCCCGGGGCGGAGGGCGCGGGCAAGCCCCUGCAGUACCGCGUGGAUCACCUGCUGAGCGCUGUGGAGAGCGAGCUGCAGGCGGGCAGCGAGAAGGGAGACCCCACGGAGCGGGAGCUGCGGGUCACGCUGGAGGACAGCGACCUGUGGCUGCGCUUCAAGGAGCUCACCAACGAGAUGAUCGUCACCAAAAACGGCAGGAGGAUGUUCCCGGUGCUGAAGGUGAGCGUGUCGGGGCUGGACCCCAACGCCAUGUACUCCUUCCUGCUGGACUUCGUAGCGGCCGACGGGCACCGCUGGAAGUACGUGAACGGGGAGUGGGUGCUGGGCGGGAAGCCGGAGCCGCAGGCGCCCAGCUGCGUCUACAUCCACCCCGACUCGCCCAACUUCGGCGCGCACUGGAUGAAGGCGCCCGUCUCCUUCAGCAAAGUCAAACUCACCAACAAGCUCAACGGCGGCGGGCAGAUCAUGUUGAACUCUCUGCACAAGUAUGAGCCAAGGAUUCAUAUAGUGCGAGUGGGUGGCCCACAGCGGAUGAUCACCAGCCAUUCCUUCCCAGAGACCCAGUUUAUAGCUGUGACGGCCUACCAGAAUGAGGAGAUCACAGCUUUAAAAAUCAAAUACAAUCCAUUUGCAAAGGCCUUUCUUGAUGCAAAAGAAAGAAGUGAUCACAAAGACAUGAUGGAGGAAGUGGGAGAUAACCAGCAGUCUGGAUAUUCGCAGUUAGGUAGUUGGCUUAUUCCUGGGACUGGGACUCUGUGCCCACCUGCCAAUCCUCACCCUCAGUUCGGAGCCCCUCUGUCACUCUCCCCUGCUCACAGCUGUGAAAGGUACUCAUCGCUGAGGAACCACCGUCCUGCCCCAUACCCCAGCCCCUACACCCACAGAAACAACUCACCAACAGCCUAUACGGAUAACUCCUCUGCCUGCCUUUCCAUGCUGCAGUCCCAUGACAACUGGUCUUCUCUAGGAGUUCCCACACACACGACGAUGCUGCCCAUGAGUCACAGCACUGGCACAGCUACCAGCUCCAGUCAGUAUCCCAACUUAUGGUCUGUGAGUAACAACACCAUCACACCGGUGUCUCAGUCGAGUGGGAUAUCCAACGGCCUCAGCUCCCAGUUUUUACGUGGCUCUCCAGCACACUACACUGCCCUUCCACACCCGGUCCCUGCUGCCUCCUCUGCCUCCCCCCUGUACGAUGGGGGGGCACCCACGGACCUUCCCGACAGCCAGUACGAUGCCUCUGCACACGCCAGGCUCGCAUCCACGUGGACGCCUGUCACCCCCCCUUCCAUGUAAACCCAGACCUUUCCCUGUAAGACAGACUUUGUAGCUACUGAGUUACUUUAAGUGAUUAAUCCUCAAGGAAGAGAAAAAAGGACACAUGAAGUAAAUUACAGACAAAGCACCUGCACUGCUUUGUAGAGCAUCUACAUUAUACCUCUUACAGUGAACAGUGCAUCACUGACUUCAUGUAGAGUUUACAAACCCGGUGAGUGUGCAAUUCUGAGAGCAGAUUCACUGCUUUUAAGUUUUUUGUUUGUUUGUUUUUUGUUUUGUGUUUUUUUUUUUUUUAAUUAUUAAUUUUGGUAGACCUAAGCUUUAAAACUUUGACUUAGAUUCAAAAUUUCUCAGUGUUCACAGACCUGAAGUCUGGCGUUGUUCUUAUCUGGACAACUUUCUUGAGUGAGUUACUCCUAGUUUUUCAGUUUUUGUUUUUGUUUUUUUUUAUGGCAAACUUAGCUGUAGUCAUGAAAAAUUUUAUUAACCAUCUAGUUAGAAGCGUUCUGAAAUAUGCACAAAUGUAGCUGAGCAGUGAAGUUUUUGGAAAAUCAUGUGCACUAACACGUAUUUGCCUCACAAAUACGUUGUGUUCUUAAUGUAUGCUUAUAUCCUUGCUGCUGAAUUAAUGUUGAGACAAUCUGCAAGAACUAAUAAAUGCGGUAUUAAUGUUUGGUCUAUUUCGUUUUACCCCAAAGACUCCUUUAGAGGUAAGUUUUGCUGUUUGAUCGUAUAGAUUUCAAUAGCUGUCAGCUUGGGUAAGCAAUGCACUUCAAACAGCCAGUGUCUUAAUAAGGAGCCUUAUCCAAAACCUUUUGGAGCCAUUGGAAAAACAUCACUGUUUUUUUUAAUGGUCUCUGGCUCAGGCCUUAAGGGAGGGAAUUCAAAACCUGGAGAAUCAUCCUAAUUUAUUUUAUUUCGAUAUUGUACUCUGUUGAUCUAUAUUUAUUAUUUGGUAAAUUACAACUUUAUUUUCUACAUGUUAAGAUAUGUAAAUAAUCCCUCAACCUAUGGUGUACUCUUUUAAGACAAUCAUAUAUGGGAUACGUCACCCAAUGGCACAUUGAAGAGCAUUGGAUGUAAGUAUUUAAGUUAUUGUAAGAGUGAAAGCUCUAUUUACCAUAAAUUUGGGGGAAAAGUGCAGAUAUACUAAGCUUUAAAAUACACUGUCUGCUUGACUUGCUGGAAAGAUCAGGUCCUGAUAAAAUGCUUCCUUCAGGACUGAUAUUAAGUAAUAUGAUCUACAUUUCUGAUGCAGGCUAAGCCAAAACAUUAUUCUUGCACGUCUCUUUUCUCACUGACUCACUUUCCUCGGGAUAUGUACUUGCCAAUUGUUUUGCAUAAGCCAUAAUAAAGAACUUUUAUAUUGAAGUGCCUAAUAUAGCAAAGCAAAAUUCUGUAUCAGGGAAUUCCUUAUACAUCUCAUCAAUGUGUGCUCAUGUGCUACAGUGGCAGCUUUAGGAUGAAAAGCAAAUAUUUGCCACCAUUUUGGUUUCUUUGGCACCCUACGGGCACAUCUCUGCACCUGGAAAGACUUUGGCAGGGCUUUCUCCCUGCAGAAGGAUUUGUGUGCAACUGCAGGCUGUGGUUUCUCAGAGAUUCUCCAGCAGGAGACAGCACCAGAAGCAGAUGGCUGCAUGACCGUGUUCUCUGUCAAUAUGUAAAUAUUGAUCUAAGCGCUCCUAUUUUAUUGUGAAAGUAAAAUGUGUAAAUGAUGUAAGUGCAUUAUUAUUUAGACUAUUUUGUAGAAGUUAGCAACAUAUUUCAUUCUGAGUUUUUUUAACUUGUAUUUAGGAUUUAUAAUUUAAAUUGGAAAAAAAUAAAGAUUCUUAAGUAAA